UGCAAGCGUUUCUCUGUUCAUUUUCUAUUUCUACGGAGUGUGUAGUUUUUUGUUAAAGUUGUCGAAAUGGCGAGAACGAAGCAGACUGCCCGUAAAUCUACUGGAGGUAAAGCUCCUCGAAAACAGCUCGCCACUAAAGCAGCUCGUAAGAGCGCUCCUGCCACCGGUGGCGUGAAGAAGCCUCACCGUUACAGGCCCGGCACGGUAGCUCUGAGAGAAAUUCGUCGCUACCAGAAAUCCACUGAAUUGCUUAUCCGCAAGCUGCCUUUCCAGAGAUUGGUUAGAGAAAUCGCUCAGGAUUUCAAGACUGAUCUCCGUUUCCAGAGCUCCGCCGUCAUGGCUCUACAGGAGGCCAGUGAGGCAUACUUAGUCGGUCUGUUCGAAGACACCAACUUGUGUGCCAUCCACGCCAAGAGAGUGACAAUAAUGCCGAAGGACAUCCAGCUGGCUCGCCGCAUUCGUGGAGAACGCGCUUAAGAACAUUGAUUUACGGAAGUCCACAAACAAAGGCUCUUUUCAGAGCCACCA